AUGGAGAGCGAGCUGUCACAGCAGCUAGGCCGAUUGAACACUGACCGCGCACGCCUGUUUGUCCCAGAUGAACAGUCUGCGUCCACCACUCCGUGCUCGACCAGCUUUACGGGUUCUAUCCCUAGCACCUCCCUCACCGCGGCAUCAUCGACGCCUUCAUCUGAUGACGAGAGCACUACUCCGUGCUGCGAGAUACAAUCCACGCCCGACCGUGGCCAAGCACUAUUCUCGGCUCGCCGCAUCCGUCCAGGCACUCUGAUUUUUGCCGAGGAACCUCUUAUCGCUUUGUCCAAGGAGCUCGAGGAGUCAUAUGAGGCUAUCGAGGCCGCAUUCUCCGCGCUCAGCAAGCGAGAAAAGAAGGCGUACGGUGCCUUGUUCGAUGCCAAGAAAAGCCGCAUGAGUACAACGGUCUCGAUCUAUUACAGCAACUGCUACAGCACUGAAAGUUUUGUUGGUGCACAAGUAUCGGAUAACACACUUGAAGGCGGCUCGUGCAUUGGCAAACUAUCCUCUCGGAUCAACCAUAGCUGCGUACCAAACGUCUGCUUCUCGUUCUUACCACCUUCCCUUGCUCAUCGUCGAGGCCAGAUGCGGUUCUAUGCCAUCAAGGCGAUCUCAAAGGGAAAGGAACUCUUGUCGAACUAUGACAAGAGCAUUUUCGAGACGUCGAGGAGGCGACAGCAGAAAUACCUGCUGCAUUAUGGUUUCAGGUGCACGUGUGAGGCGUGUCUGCCACAGACAGAUUUCUGGACGAGGAGCGAUGAACGACGAAGAGCAAUGAGAGACGCCGUCUCGUCCGUCAAGGGUCUGGAGAAGAAAUGGCAAAAGGCUUUCGAAGAGGAUGACGCGACCAUCCAAGUCGAGGUUUGCCGCGGAGCGGUCGUUGAGCUUUUGGAGCUGCAGGGCUUGUUGGUGAAAGAGGGCCUGACCGCUGUACCGCUGGCCAACGCUUACCGAAGCUUGGUCAAGUGGUCUGAAAGAGGCGGACUAGACGUUCAUCAGUGGCGAGAGAAGGAGCUCGAAGUAUCUAUACUAAUGUCUGGAAAGAAGAGUUUGAGAAGUGUGGCACUGAAGCAGGUCCUUGAUGACAACAUCAGUGGCUAG